AUGGCGGCGACUGACCCAGAGAUACUCCUCGCCAGCCUCGAGGAAUUGAAGUGCCAGCUACCCACGGAUGAAGAGACUCAGAGCCGACUGUCCCAGGCCCUUCACCAUGCACUGAUGGCCAUAGAGCGCCCCUUGGACACCGUCCGACGCAUCUCCUUCGCGCCCUUGCAACUCACUAUGACCAAGGUUGCCAUGGACCUCAAUCUGUUUGAGCUACUGGUCUCAGAUGGCCGUCCAAAGAGCCUGGGAGAGCUCAUGGAGUUGACCGGGGCGCAGAGCCUAUUGCUGCGCCGUAUCCUCCGGUAUUUGUCCGGGUUUGACCUAGUUCAUGAACCGAAGGUCGACUGCUUCAAGGCCUCCCCUGCGACUCAGGCCCUCGCCUUGCCUGGUUUCGGGGCAGGGAUCAAUCACCACUUCGAAAUCCAACUCCCCGCCUGGCAGACUCUUCCAUCCUUCCUGGCUGCAAAUGAAUAUCGCAGUCCAUCCGAUUCUAGCCCAACGGCGUUCCAGCAAGCCCACGGCACUGAAUUGACAGCUUUCGCCUGGGCCAUGGAUAAGCCCCAUAUUUUCAAGGAGUUUAGUCUGUGGAUGACCGCCCAGCGCCAUGGCCAGCCCACCUGGAUGGAUGUGUUUCCCUUGGAUCAGUUAAAAUGCGGUAGGAACAAUCACACCAAUACGCAGUACCCCGAGGCGGACGUGGAUGGCGAGGAGCAUGAAGCACCCCUUUUUAUUGAUAUAGGUGGCGGUAUGGGUCACCAAUGCUUUGCCCUUGUCGAUAGACUAGGCCCUGAGCUAGGAACCCGGCGGCGCAUUAUCUUGAAGAACAUCCCGGCGGUCCUCUCACAUGCAAUUUCGCACCCUCGCAUUGACCGCUUGGUCCAUGACUUCUGGGACCCGCAACCGAUCUGGGGUGCGAGCUUCUACUACAUGCGGAAUGUGCUGCAUGAUUACCCGGACGACAAAUGUGUGCAACUGCUGAGGCUCCAGAGCAAGGCCAUGGCGCCCGACGGAUCGUCAAGCCUGCUGAUCGACGAGAUAGUUUUUCCUGAGACUGGCGCCGGGCCUCGGGAGGUGGAGAUGGAUCUCGCCAUGAUGGCGUGCUUGGCGGCCAGGGAGCGAACCAAAGAUAAGUGGGACAAACUCUUUCGGGCCGCCAGGCUGAGCUUGUUCGAGGUGUUUACCUACGCGAGUGAUUUGAGCCAGAGUAUCAUGGUGGUCAAACGGCUAAAUCCCACCGGAUAA